AUGGCCAAGGAAAAUUCAUUGUUUGUGCAAUCAUCCUUAAGCAGUGCGGGGUUUGUUGCCAACUCCGCCAAAUCACUAUGGAACCCCAUUCAGGUGCUUGUUUGGUUGGGUUUAAACUGGGACUUAGUUAUCGGUACCAUUUCUAUUACCGAUAGACGUAUUUGCAAAUUUAUCGCUCUGAUUGACAAAUUUCUUCUAUCCGCACCUUAUGUUACGGCUCGGGAUUGUGCCGUUAUCGCAGGUCAUGUUAUGUCCAUGUCGCCAGUUUUGGGUAACCUGACUCGUCUCAAAACCCGUUUCCUUUACAAAGUCAGAGAAUCCCGCCGUAGUUGGGAUUCCCGUUUUAAUAUCGGGCUUCAUAAUGAUUGCCUCUCUCAAAUAUUUUUCUGGAAAAACAAUGUCGUUAGUCUUAAUACGAGACCUAUUUUGCCUUAUAAUGCUCUCCUUUUGUUUAGCUAUUCGGACGCUAGCAACGUCGCCUGCGGGGCUUUUGUUGUGGGCACUAAUGAGGUGUCCCAUCGUAUGUGGACUGCUUGCGAAGCAGCUAAGAGCUCUACCUGGAGAGAACUUAAGGCUAUACAAUUUGCCUUAAGUGCGUUCAAAGCCUUGGUUCGGGGUAAGUGUGUAAAGUGGCAUUCUGACAGCCAAGGGGCCGUUCGUGUUGUGGAGAUAGGGUGUCCUAGUGCAGAAUUGCAUUCUAUUGCGCUUGAUAUUUUCUAUUUUUGUCGAACUUACAAUACUUACACUUAUUCCCCAGUGGGUUCCCAGGGAACUUAA